UGCGAAUGGCAGCUCUGCUGGAAGAAGAGUUUUCUAUGUGUGUUUUGUUCGGUGGCUGCAUGGAAAAAUAAGGUUUUCCAAUAUAUUUUGUACAGCUAGCACACAGGAAAACUCAAACACACGGAGGAAAAGCACAGUUCAUGAUGCUUUUCAUGCUGCUCUUCAGUCGGCAGGGCAAACUGCGCUUACAGAAAUGGUACAUGGCCUAUCCCGAUAAAGUGAAAAAGAAGAUCACCCGGGAACUGGUCACCACCAUUCUGGCCAGGAAACCUAAGAUGUGCUCUUUUCUGGAGUGGAAGGACUGCAAAAUUGUCUACAAGAGGUAUGCCAGCUUGUAUUUCUGUUGCGCCAUCGAGCAGAACGACAACGAGCUGCUGACACUGGAGAUUAUCCAUCGCUAUGUGGAGCUGUUGGAUAAGUACUUCGGCAGCGUCUGCGAGCUGGACAUAAUUUUUAACUUUGAAAAAGCCUACUUCAUCCUGGACGAGCUGCUUAUUGGCGGUGAGAUCCAGGAGACGUCCAAAAAGAACGUACUUAAGGCGAUCGCCUCGCAGGAUCUGCUCCAAGAGGACGAAGCCGUUGAGGGCACUUUAAGAGACAUUGGACUCCUCUAAAGAACUAGUACUCCCUAGAACUUAUGUAGUUGAUAUUACACGCACACCCAGACACAACAAGCACUGAAUAACACACACAGAUACACCCCCAGCGAUAAUAUGUGCUGCACUUGGCACUUUUCAACACUGCUCCAACCACUUCUCAACACUAGUGUGUGAUUUGGCUGUUGUACAGCACUGAUGCGCUGAAUAAAAUUAAUAAAAUGAUAAGCAAGAAGAUGCCAAGCAGCGUGUGAGGCUCCAAAAAGCAAUAAAUACUAGAUAGUAACAUCAGAGCAUCUGGCAUGCGGUUUUUCAUACACCCUCUCGUAAAUUUCACACACACACACACAGAGAGAGAUAUUAUAGAAUCAGCAAAGUUCAUGCAAAACAAGCCAACCUCACGUAGUUCCAUCUGGGGUUCCCUCAACCUGAAUUAAUAUUCUUCUUCCUAUCUACAUUAUAUAAUCGAAAGAUCAUUCCAAUCAAUCACCAAAAUGGGCAAUAACUAAUUUAGUGGGGAAAUAUAUGCAAUACUAUUCUUACAAUAGAAACAAGUAAGCUUUAAUGUUGAAAAAAAAUGAGAACGAUAUAUAAUUGCAAAUUGUAAUAAUCAUCCCAUAGUGGUAACCGAAUAAAGUCUAGUUUAUGUAUAUCUACAAAUAUAUAUAUGUUUAUGUAUGUGUGUUGUACGUUUUAGCCAAAUUUUCUGUGUUUUGUAACUGAAAAAAAAAAACAGAUUAAAAUAAAAAAACCAAGUAUUUUUCAAAAA